AUGUCGCUAUCGCGUCUUCCACUACCUUUGCUUGACGGACAUAUCAUGUUGUACAAAGGCAGAUCCGCUGCAGAAAUACCUAGGGAUUCUAGUCUUCUAGACUCAGAAGGCAUGGUGAACAUGACGGCCCUAGCUAGCAGCAGUCAAUGUGAUUUUAACCAAGUCGAGACUGCAUGGUAUUUCUCUAGAGAAGAAGAGACAGGCCAGGUGUAUCGAAGUUUUGCUGCCGUUCGAGUCCUCGGCGCUCAGCCGUGGAUAUUGAAGAUCCAGGUUCCACAGACUUUUCUUGAUUCUACACAGCGGGCUGAACUCUGGUACGGGCGCGAUUGGAAGGAAUUCGUCUGGCGGAGUAGAAAAGGCGAAAUACCUAGUGAUCCAAUGCCAGCGAAGUUCGAUGAAUACGCCAAGCCUGGAAUUGCCAAGAUUGUCGAAGGCCAUGUCUGUAUCAAAGCACCGACCGUCGUUUCCCGAACCAAAAAAGGGGACGUACAGUUUGAGAUGGAGGAAGGACACUGUUUAGUGAUCCAGACGAGUUCUGGAGAGAGAAAAGCAACACAAUUUGUCAUCAUUGACAGACGGGUUGCGAGGGAUUUAGGGCGUCUUAUUCGCGGAAAGAUUCACAUAGACGUCUACCCCCCAAACUCAUGA